AUGGGUUCACAUUCAUGGGAAGAGACUUCAUUGGUAGCAAAGAUUGGUAGUGAGUAUCACAUUCCAAUUCUCUCAUUAACUAACCCUAAUCUACUUCCAAUGUGGGCAACUCAAAUGUGGCCUUCUCUUAUUCAAUUGUCACCAAACAAUAACCUCAACCAAAUGAAAGCCAUAGCUUCCAUAGUACAAUCUUGGGAGUGGCAUCAAGUGACUCUAAUCUAUGAAGAAGAUUCAAUAAGCAUCAAUGAUGUUUUACCUCAUCUAUCUUCAUCUCUCAAAGAAGUUGGUGCUAGGAUUAGCCAACUAGUGCCACUUCCACCUUUUUUCUCUUCUUCUUUUUCGAUAACAAAUCAACUCGAAAGGCUCAAACAAAACCAAAGUAAAGUCUUUGUGGUUCAUUCAUCGGUCGAAUUUGCACUCAAAUUGUUUGAUAAGGCAAGAGAAAUGAAAAUGAUGGAAACAGAAUAUGUAUGGAUCACAACCGAUUCCAUUACUAACUUUGUUCAUUCUUUCAAUGCCUCAACUUUCUCCUCUAUGCAAGGUGUUUUAGGGCUUAAGAGCUAUUUUCGAGAAGAAGAAGAAGAUGAUCAGAACCCUUAUUGGCAACACUUCUACCAAUUAUUUCAUAAAAAAUUUAGCUCUAUGUAUCCAAAGGAGUAUAGCCACGAGCCCGGUAUGUUUGCAGCCCAAGCAUAUGAUGCAACUAGGGCAAUGGCUCUAGCUAUCACCACCAAAAAGUUUUUUUCUAGUAACCGCAAAGAAUAUGAACAAGAACUGUUAGGUCAAAUUUUGAAAAGUGUUGAUUUUCAUGGCUUAAGUACUAGUACUACUAACCACCAAAAUAUAUUUCAAAUUAUAAAUGUGGUUGGAAAGGGGUAUAGAGAGCUAGGGUUUUGGUCAAAUGAAUAUGGUUUCUCAAAAACCAUUGAAGGUGGCAAUAUUAAUACUCAUAAGUCUUCAUUGAAAGAUUUAGGGCAAGUGUUUUGGCCAGGGGGAGAUUGGAAAACUCCAAAAGGAUGGACUAUACCAAUGAAUCCUAAACCUUUGAAAAUUGGUGUACCAAGUAUAUCAUUAUUUGAUAAGCUUGUGAAUGUGAAAGAGGGUGAGGAUCAUAGCUUGGACUCAGCAAAAAUCUUCAAUAACAUUACUUUUAGUGGAUUUGUAAUCAAUGUCUUUGAUGAGAUAGUACAAAAGCUUCCCUAUCAUUUGCCAUAUACUUUCAUCCCCUUCAAUGUCACAUAUGAUGAACUAGUGGAGAAGAUUCAAUUAAAGGUACAUAAUAUAUCUUUAUAUUGA